AUGACAGGAAAUUGUCCAUCAUUUGUUCGACAUCAAUCACUUGAAGCAACUCAAGUUAUACCAUUAUUUGAUUCCACAACAACAACAUUUACUUCAACACCACCAUUUAAACCUAAAGCGGGUGAAGUUUAUGUUAUGAAACUUGAUAUUGGUCAUGAAAAUGAUUGGCGUAGUGAUGGAUAUCGUUGGGUUCAAAUAGCUGCAAGACGUUUACCAACACAUAAUCCAGUUAUAAAAAAAUGUUAUUUUCAUGCUGGACAAAAAAAUAAAAAGAAAAGUAAAGAUUUUGAAAAACAAGCAUUUGUAUCAUUAGUUGAUCCAUCAAAAGUUGUUGUACAAUAUCUUGGUGAUGAAAAUGUUGCUGAAGAAUUUCCACAUGGAAAUUCAAAAAAAAAUACAAAACCAUUUUUUCGUACACGUCCAUCAUUACUUAAUAAACUUAUAUCAGAAGCAGCAUCAAAUGCUGAAACAGCACAAAUAUUUAAACAAUAUACUACAAAUAAUUCACAUGAUGAUGAUGAUCAUGAUGAUGAUGAUGAUGGAGAAGAAUCAACAGUUAAUAAUUCAAUGGAAGCAGAAGAAACAGUUGAUGAUAAUGAUGAUAAAAAACCUUCAAUUAUUAAAACUGAACCAAAAAAACCUAAAAUAGGACCUGAAAUUUUAUCACAACCACGUAAUAUUGAACAAAUACGUAAUGUUAAAAGACGUUUAGCACGUCGUCUUGUUGCAUCAGCUGAUGAAAUAUCAGAAUUAUAUCGUUUUGCACGUGAAACACCAAAUUAUAUUGUGCGUUUUACAUUAAUACCAAAUAUUGUUGCUAUUGCUUUUUCAAAUGAAUCUAUGCAUGAAUUUAAUUUAUUAUUAGAUCAUCCAGAUCUUUUAUCACAACAACGAGUUCUUAUUACAUUUGAUUCAGCAUAUACAAUUAAUGCAUUUCAUGUUACAUGUGUUUUCUAUCGACAUAUUGGUAUGAAAGAAGAACCAUGUAUUUUACUUGGUUGUGCAUUACAUAAUCGUCGUUCGGAUGAUGUUUAUGAAUAUAUAUUAACACAUUUAAAACAACAAUGUCCAAAUAUUGAAUCACGUUGUUUAUUUAUAAUUGACAGUGAAGCUGAUUAUCAAUUUUAUAAUGCUGAACUUAAAUCAUUAUUAUUAUGUGCUGAUAUGUUAACAUUUACACGUUUAUAUGAUCGUUGUAAAUCAAAUUGGACACAAGAAUUUCGUACAUAUUUUGAACAAAUUAUUUUACCAUUAGUUGAUACUGAUCUUGGUUCAUGGAUAUUAAAAAAAUAUGAUCUAUUCGAUGCUUAUUCAGGUAUUAAAGGACUUGUUUGUGAACCAAUGCAAGCUGUGGCAGCACAAUUACGUGAUUGGCGUGAAUCACGUUUUGAUAGUGGUGCUAUGGCUUUUUAUUGGUUGCAAAUGUAUUUUGUUCAACAAAUAAGAAAAUCGUAUUCUCGUCUUGGUGGUAUAUAUACAUUAAAACAAGGUAUUUAUGAAAAAUGGGCUAUAACAGCUGUUACAUCAAUAACAGCUCAUGAACCAAUUAAAGCAUUAGUACCUGAAAAAAUUGUUGAACAUGUUCGAGCGAAAGUUAUUAUAUCAUCUGUACAUCAUCCACAUUUACAAGCUAAACGUAAUAAUGAACAACAAAUUUUAACAUUAUCACCAAUUAAAAGACUUAAAACAACAACAUAUGAUGGUCCACAACAUCAUCAUCAUCAUCAUCAACCAUGUAUUAUUGCAACAACAACAACAACACCACAUCAUGUAACAACAGCUGAUAUCAAAGCAACAUUACUUGCGGCUGCUGCUGCACAACAACCAAGAACAAUGACUAUACGACGAAUAGCUACAACAACAAGUCCACAACAACAGCAACAACAACAACAAACAACAUUUCGCCUUACAACCACACCAUCUACUUCAUCUUCACAACAGCCACAACAAUUUAUAAUAACAACAGCUGGUACCGCUCUACCGCUUUCACAAACAACUACUACAACAACAGGAUUAGUUGAUGAUUCAUCAAUGUAUGAUGAUGGUACAAGUGAUUUAAGUGGAUGUUUAGUAACAACAUCAUCACAAACAUCGAGUACACCAACAUCUCAAACACGUUCAUCAUUUGUUCGCCCUGCUCUACCGACAAAUGUUCUUCGAUUGACUGUUGUACGCAAAUAA